GCCGGCGUGGAGCCCAGGACCCGUUAGACAAAGCAUUCUGCUGUGGAUCUGAGAGAGCACACCACCACGGGCAGCAGACAGGACGACAGCUGCCCAGCCGGAAUGAAUCAGCAGCUGGGGACACUUGACUUGGGCACACAAGAGCCUUCCGCCUGCAGAGCCGCCACUCAAGCCUCAGCCAUCCUUGGCACCUCGGAGAGCCGCUGCAGUGUGACCGGAGGUGUCCCGGACCCUGACCAUCAUCAGUCUGCAAAGGACAGAGAAGGAGCUGGAGCCAAGACUCCGACAUCACCCAGCAAGUUGGCAUUGUCCUGCCCCACAGGGCCCAAAGUGCCCAGGAACGACAAAAUGACUUUGGUCGUGUCUAGAGUUCAGUGGCAGUGAUGCCUUUGGAGUUGGAGACCUCCUCCCUUGUUUCUCCUCUUAUCUGUGCCUCUGAGAAGCAGACUCGGGGAGCAGCCGAGCAGCUGGCUGGGGGGGAGGCAUUCAGCUCCCAGCAGCCAGUGUCUUUCCGGAAGGGCUGAACUUUUUUCCUCCCUGUACCGCGCAAAUCCCCUGCCUCCACCGAAGAGCCGGCAAAUCUUUGUCCUCCUCGCUCGUCCUCAGAGGAGACCAGCGGAGAUCUGCAGACCCUGCAGGACAGUGCCGGAGAGGACAGCGCCGGACGUGAACAGACUUUGUUGCCACCGCUUCCUUUUCCUUUUUAUCUGGUUGGGUUUUUGUCGUCUUCAGCCAAAAAUUGAAUCUGCCUUGCCCACUUUCCCCUGAGCCGGCCGGCAAGUCCUGGGAACAGCCACUGUCUGUCAGAAGAGGAGAAUGAAUGCCCAGCCCCUGAAGAAGAGCCCGGCCGGGGAAGGCAGGCUUCUAGACAGUGCGCUGGCCCACGAGACCCCCUCCUCGCCCCCUGCCAGGGUCUAGCCGUGGACUGGGCUCCUGGCCCCUGCUGGCCAUGCAGCUAGUCGGAAUGCGAUGUUGCCGCCACAGCAGAGCCACACCUGAGCCUGGUCUCAGAGCCCCGGCCCGUGAGCCGCUCGUCUCCUGUUUGCCCUGAGCCUGUGAGCACGAAGGGCUGUGGCCAUGGUGUGCUUAUUCCGGGACUGCUGGGGAAAAACAAGUUCUCGCACGCUGGAGCAGAGUGUCGGGGAGUGGCUGGAGUCGAUCGGGCUGCAGCAGCAUGAGAGCAAGCUGCUUCUGAAUGGCUUUGACGAUGUCCACUUCCUGGGGUCGAAUGUGAUGGAAGAGCAGGACCUGCGGGAGAUCGGCAUCAGUGACCCACAGCACCGGCGGAAACUGCUCCAGGCUGCACGGUCCCUGCCCAAGGUGAAGGCGCUGGGCUCUGACGGGAGCAGUCCCCCGUCUCUGCCAUCCUGGUUGGACUCCCUGGGGCUGCAGGACUACGUGCACUCCUUCCUGUCCAGCGGCUACAGCUCAGUGGACACUGUGAAGAACCUCUGGGAGCUGGAGCUUGUCAACGUCCUGAAGGUCCACCUGCUCGGCCAUCGCAAGCGCAUCAUCGCCUCCCUUGCAGAGAGGCCCUACGAGGAGCCCCCUCAGAAGCCGCCGCGGUUUUCCCAGCUGAGAUGUCAGGACCUCCUCUCCCAGACAUCCUCCCCGCUGAGCCAGAAUGAUUCCUGCACUGCGCGGUCCGCAGACCUGCUGCUACCUCUUGGGGACACGGGCAGGAGGCGGCACGACAGCCUCCAUGACCCGGCGGCGCACUCGCGUGCAGAGCGCUUCAGGAUCCAGGAGGAGCACCAUGAGGCCAAGCUGACCCUCCGCCCCCCGAGCCUGGCUGCCCCCUACGCCCCCGUGCAGAGCUGGCAGCACCAGCCUGAGAAGCUCAUCUUCGAGUCCUGCGGCUAUGAAGCCAAUUAUCUGGGCUCCAUGCUGAUCAAAGAUCUGCGAGGGACGGAGUCCACGCAAGACGCCUGCGCCAAGAUGCGGAAAUCCACCGAGCACAUGAAGAAGAUCCCCACCAUUAUCCUGUCCAUCACCUACAAAGGGGUCAAGUUCAUCGACGCCUCUAACAAGAACGUCAUUGCGGAGCAUGAGAUCCGGAACAUUUCCUGUGCAGCCCAGGACCCAGAGGACCUCUGUACCUUUGCCUACAUUACCAAGGACCUGCAGACCAGCCACCACUACUGCCACGUCUUCAGCACCGUGGAUGUGAAUCUGACGUACGAGAUCAUCCUGACGCUGGGGCAGGCGUUUGAGGUGGCCUAUCAGCUGGCCCUGCAGGCCCAGAAGUCCAGGCCCGUGGGGGCGUCUGCAGCCGAGAUGAUCGAGACGAAGUCCUCCAAACCCGUGCCCAAGCCUCGGGUCGGCAUGCGGAAGUCCGCAGUGCCGCUGCCCCCUGACAGUCGCUGUUGUUACUGUCACACCUGCACCACCCAUCGUCCUGCCUACCUCCCGCUGCCGUCUGUUAGUUCUGGAGUCAAGCUGGAUCCGCCUGAUAUGGAUCAAGAUGCCCCGUCUCAUGCCAGUGUCUCCUGGGUGGUGGACCCCAAACCAGACUCUAAGCGGAGCCUCAGCACCAAGUAUGAGACCACUAUCUUCUAGCCCCCACCCUGUCUCCACUAGUCUCACUGUGCCUUUGCCAUCGGGCUUUCUGCCGUGCGCCACUCUCCUGCUGCUGCGGGCCACGCCCCGACACUGUGCCCUAACAGCCAGCUCGCGUCCCUAACACCACCGCGCACUGUGAGUCUGCCGCCGCCUCGCGCUGAGGACAGUCUGGGGAUGCGCUGCCUUGGAGGUGGGCACUGUGAAGGGGGUGGGGUGUUUCUGCACCAGCCCAGCGGCCGCCAAACACCACUCACCUUCCUGACACAACCAACCACUGUGAUCGCCCAGUGCCAGACCCCCUGUGCCCUGUGCCUGCCACAGCCAACCAACUGCAGCCCCGCCCCCGCCCCUCUGCUCCAAGGUGCUGGCCCCUGGCAUGGUCAGGGCCCUGGGAGGCCCCAGGGCCAGACUGCUUUCUAUGUGGGUCCAAGAUUCGUGCCAGACCCUUGGGCGCCUACCUGACUCCAAAGAAGGGGGCUCUGAGCCUCUGAAGCACCCCAGGCUGCACCACCCCAGACUGCUCGUCCCUAAUGGGCUUCCGUUCCGGGGAAGGGUGGCACGCUGUGCCUCCCUCAUGUUGCCAGCAGUGAGUCACAAGGCUUGGAGCCUGGCUCCCUGAGGAGGAAGCCUGCAGCCUGCGCCCCUCAUCCCCCUCAGCGUGGAGCUGCUCUAGGACAGGGCCCUGGACUGAGGGCCUCCGCUGCCCUGCACACCUCCAUGGCGCUCACCCACGGUGCAGGCUCAGAUGUAGGCGGCCUUCUUGCAGUCCCUCCCCUGUCACCUCCCUUGGCCUCCCGGCACCUCUGCGAGGAGAGGCCAUGCAGUCUGCUGUCGGGCUUGGGCCAGGAUCUCGGAGUUGAGUCUGAAGCAGCCCUCGGCUCUCCCGCAUGGGCAUGGCAGCCUAGUUGCCAGGAGACAAGAAAGAAACGAUUCAAGUAGGACGCAGUGCAUGCGAGAGCCCAGUAGGACAGCCAGCAAGCUAGAGUUGACACCCAAGUGGAGAACGCAGGGGCCCCUCAGUCUGCCUGGUCCACCGAGUGCCUGCCUUCCAAGACGUCCUGAGCCGGCCCACCCAGGGCAUGCGGGAGGCUGUGCGGGCUUCUCUUCUGCUUCCUGUCUCCUUGUAGGGCCUCCUCCACCACCUGGUGCAGCCCCGUUUGUUAACCCUUUCCUCCCCCGUUGUGUUUGCUUCUGCCAAGCUGAACCAGCGUGGAGCCACAUGCUGCGGAAUCAUAGCCACCCCACAGGCUCCUGCAGCCUCGAAGACGCAGCCCGGGCCUGCACCACCCGCUCUGCAGAGAGCCCGGCCUGGCUGCAGACCCCUAGGCCCCAGCAGACAAGAUGCCUCCAGAGAGCCAAGAGCAGACACAUCAGAAACCAUUUUUUAAUAGAAGACAUUUUUUUGGAGAAAAAACAAAACAAAAACUUUUAGCACUUGGCUCAACCCUCUAGGUCUUAACUGCCAGUCUUUAGACCAAGGACCAUAGGCUAGAGGCCAGGGGACUAAGAUUGACUCAAAGGCCAGUCUUCCCAGCCCCUGAUGGCCUUGGGACAGGCUCCUGGGAACGGCCGGUAGGCUGGAGGUGGCGGCAGUGGCUGUGGGUGAGCUGGAAAGGGCAGGUCCAGGAGGCAAAAUGAAGGCGGUCUGUCACCUGUCUUCCAAAGCCAGCCAGGUGAGUUGCUGUUGUCUUCAAACUGAACGACCUCUGGUCCUGUGGCCGAACCUUCCAUCAGAAGCCAGCUGGAGAGGCCCAGGGCCCAGCAGACGUCCACUCGCUUGUGGUGCCCCCAGUCUGCAGGUCGAGUGGCAGAAUGGAGUUGGGCACAUUGGCUGCUGCGGCGCCCGCCACCUGCACAGUCGGGGAAAGGCAGCUGCGCUCUGGGCAUUAGUGGGCAGGACAGCAAGGGCUGCUCCCGUCAGGCCUGUGUGGCCAGGUUUACUCUGACUCUCUGGAUAGCUGCGCUAAAUGCACGCUCAGCGGCCGGGCUGGGACGCGAUUGCUUGUCCCCGGCCAGCCAGACAAGGUGACAGUUGACUUGAGUCUUCCCGAUGGGGCCUCAGACCUUCUGGUGUCCGGCCCUCUGCUGCUGCCACCACCUUCCUGCUGGUCGGCUGUGCUCCCUACCUUUGGCUGUGCCCUCCCUCCCUGCGGCUAGUGGAGUCCAGGCGGCAUCGCCCAUACCCCCAGGGCAGGCCGCAGCCAGGGCAGCCCUCCCGUGGGUACGGAGAGACCUCACGCAGUGCUAGCAAGGGUCUCCAGGUCCCAGAGCCCAUCUCCAGUCUUGGCAGCAGAAGUUGUGGGCGGAGCGCCCCUGCUGAUGUGGGUGCAGAGGCUGUGCUCCGCCAGGUCCAGGCCUCGUGCGCUCCCAGCCCAACGGCACAGGCCACCCCCCGACCCUCACUCGUUGGUACUAAGCUGGGGCCUUGAUGCCUUGAACUUCACUGGUGAGGAGCCCCCAACCACUACCCUUGCGCAGCCCGUCAUCUUCCC